CCUUAAUAAAUAUCUCUAACUCGAUAUCUUCUGCUAGAAACGAAGAAUCUAAGAAAAAUAUGCUAAAUUUAUUGAGCACCGGUUUCGACUAGAAAUCCCAAGCACAUCGCCCGAAGACUCCGAGAGUGAGGCGAUCUUUCGCUUUCGUUCCGUGCGUGACUCGCAUCGAGAUCGGUUGUGGCCAGCAUUCUCGAUGGAAUGCAUUUCAAGGUCGCCGCAACAGGGAAAAACGUUGUCGCAAAAGGCGUGAAAACACCGAACUUGAGUGAAACUCGUUCACCAACAUUCAGUGUCGCUCCAUUUCUAGAUGCUUGAUUCUAUUCGUUCUAAUCGAGCAAGAGUUAGGUACUUCGAAUCGAUAGCUCCUGACCGGCACGUUAUCUGGAUGAGUUUCACUUUCGACAAAAGACGCGAAAGCGAAGACGCGUCCCCUCUUGGUGAAUCCAUCAACUUGUGCACAGACUGUGGAUGGAGGAACGACUAUAUAAAAGAUAGUAAAUCGACAGAACUGAUUUACUUCUGUCCAGUUUGGAACGUGCAUCGGAAAUUCUUCAAAAUCUAGUAGAACCACGUAAUUUACCUAGUAAUUGUCUAGUUUGUAAUUUUCUAGUUGGAAUUUUCAAUCCUACAGACACCAGGAUCUUAAUCUAUACGAUGGACUACAUGAGAAAUACGGCAAUCUUGUUGAUAUUCGCCGUGGCAACAUCGUCUGGUCAACGUAUUAAUCGGAAACAAAUUUCGAUUUCUGACAAAUGUUAUCAAGCUAUGAGUACACGACCACGGGAGUACUUUAAACAAGAACGGAAUCUUCCUGUUGCUGAAGAGAAAACGAGCGGUGCUUUGGAGAAGACAGAUCGGGGACCAAGAUCCGCAAAGUCGGUAGAGGAAACGUACGACUCCUACAACGAGCCCUUGGAAGACCAGCAAGCAGAAGCGGAAAAUCUCGAAGAAAUGACAGUCAACAGCAGCGAUCUCGAAAACGGAAAGCGCUACAUCCCAGAAUCCAACGAUAUACCAGCCGGAGUACCCCGGGAGGGUCAAGUUCUAGGCCGCCACGUGCACGAGAACGUGCACAAGAUGGUAACCGUGAUAAAGAAAGUCGCAAUGCCCUAUCCAGUCGAAAAAACGAUACGAUAUCCCGUCGUCAAGAACAUACCGUACCCCGUCAAAGUACCUGUACCACAACCUUACCCAGUCGUAAAGAAAAUACCAUACCCGGUAGAAGUCUUUGUCAAAGUUCCACUGAAGAUACCUAAACCGGUACCGGUGAUAAAGGAAGUACCUUAUCCGGUCCAAGUACCGGUCAAUCGUCCGGUACCUUUCAAGGUUUACAUACCUGACCCUUUUCCAGUAGAGAAGAAAGUUCAUUAUGAAGUUAAGGUACCAAUACCCGAACCAAUCCCUAUCGAACGAAAAAUUCCAGUAGCGAUAAAAGUACCGGUACACGUUCCUCAACCGUAUCCUGUCGAAAAAGUGGUGCAUUAUCCUAUAAAAAUCGAGGUGGAACAACCGAUACCGAUACCGGUAUCUAAACCAUAUCCCGUGCUAGUUUCCAAGCCUGUCCCUUAUCCCGUUGAUAAACCAGUACCUGUACCUGUGACAGUCAAGGUACCAAGACCUGUACCUGUAACUGUCGAUAAACCUAUCCCUGUCAAAGUGAAGAUUCCGGUACCAGCACCAUAUCCCGUGGAAAAGGAGGUACCUUAUACCGUGGAAAAACCGGUGCCUGUGCUGGUGAAGGUACCGAUUCAUAGACCUAUACCUAUACACGUAACGAAACCUGUGCCUUACUCUGUCGACAAGCCUGUUCCCUAUGCUGUUAAAGUACCCGUUUCCGUACCAGUAGAAGAGGAAAAGGCCGUGGACGAGGUUAAAUAUCACGACUGAAAGCGACCAAUGUGAAUAGCAUGGCGAACGUUAGAGUAAUUUUGUUUUGUUAGGGCGUCUCCUAGUGCGAAAUUUGGAGACGAUUAUUGUCAAUGGUAAUUGUUGAAUGGCUCUCUCCGUUUAUUUUUGCGUGUACAAAUACCGUAAGCGGAAUCGAAGGCGUUUCGCUGUUUAGAGUUAUUAGAGUUAUUUAGGAGUUAGAUUGCGGACUUUUACUCAUUUGUAGGAAAUGUAAACGUAUAUUAUAUGUAAAAAUAUAUAAAAUAUCUAAAGUA